CAAUUUAAUAUAAAAGGCAAAAAAAAGGAGAAAUUGAAUGGAACCCUAUUAGAGAGAGAGAGAGUGAAAAAUCUGUCAAAAUCCAUUUUCUACUUUCUCUCUCUAAAAAAAAAUAAUCCAAUCGAUUCAAUUUUCAAUGGCGAACAGCAAUCUUCCUCGAAGAAUUAUUAAGGAAACGCAACGUCUACUAAGUGAACCUGCCCCAGGAAUAAGUGCUUCUCCCUCGGAAGAAAAUAUGCGAUAUUUUAAUGUCAUGAUUCUUGGUCCAACACAGUCUCCUUAUGAAGGAGGUGUUUUCAAACUGGAACUCUUUUUGCCUGAAGAGUACCCAAUGGCUGCGCCAAAGGUUCGAUUCCUCACCAAAAUCUACCAUCCGAAUAUUGAUAAGCUUGGAAGGAUAUGCCUCGAUAUUCUCAAAGACAAGUGGAGCCCUGCUCUUCAGAUUCGUACCGUUCUCUUGAGCAUUCAAGCACUUUUGAGUGCUCCAAAUCCAGAUGAUCCACUUUCGGAGAACAUCGCGAAGCACUGGAAGUCAAAUGAGGCUGAAGCUGUUGAAACAGCUAAAGAAUGGACGCGUCUUUAUGCUAGUGGUGCCUGAAGGCAUUAUUAAGUGAUUUUGACAAAGAAAAAAGCGAAAAAUCUGUGGAAUGCCAUUGUAAUUCACUGUCUAAUCAGAACGGGACUUGGGAGGACCGAAAGCUGAAUGCUUCGACUUACCAUCUAUAAUUGUUUCCCUGUCCUCGAAAUUGUAUAAUUAAAACGUUGCACCUUUGCUUUUUCAGAGUUGAAUCGGUCUUUCACUUUGAGACCAGAAGAAUUAUCUCACAGAACACUGAAUUGGAAGGCUAACAUUUGUUG